GAGACCCCAGAGAAUACUUCUGCCUUGUCCGCACUUGAAGCUUGAAGACAUCGCGGGAGCGGGAGCGACAGCCAUCUACGAACUGGCUAAGACAAAGGACGUGUAGGAAGUGGCUGGGGUUGAAAGAAAUAAGUAUCUGUUUGGUGGAAGAAGGCCUGCCUCCCAGCGACCCUACAGCAGGUCUGUUGACAUAAGCCUGUGGCUCAAAGCGAUCCCCCAGCUGCCCCAGGCCAGUUCCUGUAGCUCCUGGUGGAAUUCACUUGGCAGAUCCGGAUCCGGUAAAUAUAAAAGGUCUGAUCCUUGGGUGGGGAGCCUCAUCCUGGAAGAAGCUGCUGAGAGUGCUCCUCCAGCCUGAGCUGUCCAAGGCUUUGUGGAAAGCAGCGAUGAACCCUUCAGGAGACCCCAGCGCCCCAAAAGCCAGCCCCAAGGUCAGGGGCCUUGAGACAGGCGGGGAGACCAGUUCAGGUGGGAAGCCGGGCUGCCAUCAGAAGGCCAUCCCCCCUGCUCACCUAACUUUCGUCAUCGACUGUGCUCGUGGCAGACAGAUCUCCCUGAUGGCACCCCCAGUGCUGCCCCGAGCCCCCAGUUCUAACCCAGGAACUGUCACCCCACCAAUGAAGACGUAUAUCUUGUUCUGUGGAGAAAACCGGCCGCACCCGACUCAGAAGGCCCCCCUGGGUAGGGGACACCUUGCCCAGGCCACGGGGACUGUGCCACCCUGUGAAGGGACCGGGGCCUCAGCUUCCUCUCCAGUCAAUCCACUGGGCCCCCAGGAGGCUCCCGAAGCCAAGGGGAGCCCCUUGAAGUCUGUGCCCUCAAGGUCUUCAGCUUGGGGAACUGUUAUAGGCUCGCUCAAAGCCCUCUCCUCCUGUGUCUGUGGGCAGGCGGAUUAACCAGAAGAGCCCGGCCAUGGGGUUGUUGGCACACCAGGCUCGAGGGCUCGGGGACUGCAAUUCCCAGAACCCAACGCCUCUUCCCAGCCAAGCAGAAGUCUCUUGUGCCUGAGCCAAGGAAGGGCCUCGAUCGCUAAAAGACAUCUGAAACAGCCACCGAGGAUGCUAGGUGGUACACUCAAGGGUAUUCCGCCUUCCUCCUUUCUCUCUUUGUGAGCCUUUGAGCAGAAGCAGGAUCAAGGCACCUCCACCUGGAAAGAGACCAGUUCAUUCAUACGGCAAAUUCUAAUGCAGCACCUUCCGCUUCAGGCUCUGCAAAGUGCCAGGGAAGUGCUGGCUUUCUUGGAGUUCUUGCUUGGGCGGUGGGCGGGGGUGAGGGAAAGAGCUAAAUAUGUAACCAAAUAAAGAUGAAUUUGAAUAGCGA